AUGAACCCCCACUAUUAUAUGGGCCGAAAAGACUGGGAAAUGAUGAGAGCCUUUUACGAGUACGACGAGUCCAACUGCGAGUGCCGCGCCUUUGCCAGGCUCAAAGAGGCUGGGCACGAGGAUCUUGCAAUCGGCUGCUUCGGCUAUGUCCUGCUAGACGAGGAACACGAGCGGAAGCUGCACGCCCAACUUGAUGAAUCGCUUCCUGGGGCGGGACGGACGGCCACCGCCGAUCCGGGCAUCGUCAAGGAGUACGCGCCUCCCGGUGAGGAGCACGAGUUCCGGCAGACCGACGCGGAGAAGUUGCUUGUUGACGUGAAGAAGCUGCAGCAGCUCGGCAUCAUAAGGAUCGACGUCGCGGCCCGGCAAUUGUUGGGCUGCCGGAUCAGCGACUUCAGCACCGCGGUCACCGCGCCGCACUUUGCCGCGACGCCCGAGCGGAACCCCCACCUGACGCCUGAUAUGCGCAAAGCCAUAGAGCUAGAAAUUUUUUCGAAGCCAAGAACGACUAUCUCCAGUUUGACGAGAUGA